GAGAAAUGGCAUAUAGUCCAUGAAUGGACAGAGAGAAGAAGGAGGCAAGAGGGGAGGGAAGAGGACACACAAACCAUACCGGACACUGCAUGCCUUUUCCGUUCCACCAACUGAACAAUAGCUUUGUUUGAGGAUUCAGGACGAACACAGUAACUGCAUUAUUGUCUUUUACUUGACCUUGUGUUUUAGAAUAAAAUCAAGAAUGAAUUUCAGUGAGUGAGGAUAUUACACUGCAGAAAGCAUAUUCUAUUUUGGCUCACCAUAUUAGUUUUCUUGCAUGGCUCUGCAUUUUGAGACUGUCAGAAUGUGUGAAAUCUCAAAGACUGAAAAUAAGGAGAAGGAAUGAUGAGCAACAACCAACAGACAGACCACUUCUGCAUGCUUCCUAGUGAAUGCUCAUGUGAAAUAACAACAACAGCAAGUGAAGAGCUUCUCUUUGAGCACUUUGGCCUUACCAAGCAAGUAUCAUUACAUCACAACCCGCCCGCAUGUUUCCUUCUUUCUUCUGACACACAUUUAGAGGCGUGUUCAAGCAGGUCACAACUCUUUUAUACCUCUCUCGUAUUUCCUGAAAGUCCAUGUAUAGCUCCUAGACUUCCCUGGGUAAGGUGUGGCCUACAUCACAGUCCAGGUGAUCAACACAUUGGACGUAACCUACGCCUAACUGACCGAUACUGUAUCAGCUGUUUUGCACAGAGACAAUGGCAGGGCAACAUCUCAUGUUGUGGAUCUUCACUCUGAGUCUUUCAUUUGAUCCCUCAGUUAGUUACAUUUCUGAGAUUGAUGGAAUAAAGGUUUAUGAUGUGGUUCGACCAAUCAGGAUACAUGACCUGCAAAAAAGAGACUUAAAUUCAAGACCUGACACAAUGAAAUACGCUAUGACAGUGGGUGGUAGAGACAUUGAAAUGCAUCUUCAGAGAAAUGAUGGUCUACUGACAGAUGAGUACAGUGAGAGUCACUACACUGAAGAUGGGACUCUUGUCACAACCACGCCUGAGGAUCUGGAUUUAUGUUACUAUCAUGGGAAAAUAGUGAAUGACAGCGACUCAUCGGUUAGCAUGAGCACCUGUGAUGGACUACGAGGAUUUUUCCAGACAGCGGAGCAGAGGUUUCUGAUUGAGCCAUUAUCUGAAAACACUGACGGCGACCACGCCGUCUUUAAGUAUGAGGACAUAAAAGAGGACAAACCUGCAGUUUGUGGAGUCACCAACACUAGUUGGGAUGAGAGUCAGGAUGGGACUCCUCCACGCAUCAGCAAAUCACGUUCUCGUUCCUCAGGGCCAACUUUGUUCCAGCAACAAAAGUACAUUGAGUUGUUCGUUGUGGCCGACAACAGGGCGUUCAAAAAAAUGGACAGCGAUCUCAAUAAGUUGAGAAACAGGAUAUUUGAAAUCAUCAACUUCAUCAAUAAUGUUUAUAAAGAAAUCCAAACAUUUGUGGCUCUGACUGGGUUGGAAGUGUGGACAGACACCGAUAAGAUUGCCGUAUCCUCUGUUGCUGGAGCAACCUUGGAUGGCUUUAGCAAGUGGAGGAACAGUGAUCUCAUGAAAAGACGACGCCAUGACAAUGCCCAACUUCUCAGUGCUAUUGAUUUUGAUGGAGCGACUGUGGGCCUAGCUUACAUUGCAACUGCGUGUGGAGGUCUUUCAACGGGGAUUAUACAGGAUCAUAAUGCAAGGGCCAUAGCUGUUGGUGCUACAAUGGCCCAUGAGAUGGGUCACAAUCUUGGCAUGAACCAUGACACCAAUAUCUGCAGCUGUACUGAAAAAACCUGCAUCAUGACACCCGCUCUCAGCUAUGUCAUCCCUCAACACUUCAGCAGCUGUAGUACUGGAAACUUUGAGCAGUACUUGAACACCAAAAGCCCAGAAUGUCUUCUAAAUGUGCCCAAAGCCAAAGAUUUGAUUCAGCCUGCAGUGUGUGGUAAUGGGUUUGUGGAGAAAGGAGAAGAAUGUGAUUGUGGAACAUUGCAGGAGUGUACAAACCCAUGCUGCAAUGCGACCACCUGCAAAUUGUCAGAGGGCUCACAAUGUGCAGCGGGAGAAUGUUGUGACAGUUGUAAGAUAAUGUCACCGUCACAUAUGUGUCGUCCGGUAAACAAUGAGUGCGAUCUACCCGAGUACUGCAGUGGAAAAUCAGCUGAAUGUCCUGAAGAUGUCUUUACAGUCAAUGGACUCCCUUGUCUGAAUGAAAAAGGCUACUGCUAUAACGGACAGUGUCCGUUAAAAGAAGACCAGUGCGUUAAAAUGUGGGGUCCGACUGCCACAGUGGGUCAAAAAUAUUGCUACGACCAAAACACAAGAGCGCAGUACUAUGCCUACUGCAAGCGCACUGCUGAUCAAUAUAUUGGAUGCCAGAAACAAGAUAUCAUGUGUGGAAAACUUUUCUGUGAAAAUGGCAAUGGAAAUCCCAAUUACGGACGCCAGGCACAAUUCAAAAAUUGUAAAGCCACUUUCUACAGCAACCCUGACGAAGAUUAUGGACAAGUUGACACUGGCACCAAAUGUGAGGAUGGGAGGGUUUGCAGCCAGAAUGAGUGUGUUGACUUAGAGACGGCUUACAAAGCAACCAACUGCUCAGCCAAGUGCAAAGGACAUGGGGUGUGUGAUCACAGACUGCAGUGCAGAUGUGAGCCUGGUUGGUUGCCACCAGACUGUGAUACACCAGUAUCAAGUGAAGGCUUGUCUCCAGCUGCAAAAAUAGCCAUCGCUGUGAUUGUCUGUCUACUGGUUGGGAUCAUUCUGAUUGGGCUGGGCGUCUUCCUGUUCAAACGGAGACAGAGAAGACCAACUAGUAGCCUUCCAACCCAUGGGAAAGCUCAUGUAGUCGACAUUCCCAGCUACAGCCAACAGAGACUGAUGACGCCUGACCUGAAACCAACAGCAAUAAUCAAGCCUUCAGCUCCUCCUCCACCUCCACCUGUCUCAAUUCCAUCCAAACCUGUACAUGAUGACUUCAGAACAGCCCGACAGGCUCUCAGACCUCCUCCUCCUGCUCCUCCAAGGGUGUGAUGUCUAGCGUCUGUCAAACUACAUGCAUAGCACAAGCACUUUAGAUAGUCAUUCAAUUCAGAUUCUGCAGAAUUAUUACAAGUGUUUGAAACAGACAUACAGAGGCUUAACCAUUUCAAGACAUCAAGUCUCUCCGGGAAUACUUCACAGGUUUAAAGGGACGCUCCACUUUUU